CGACAGCCUCAGUUUCCACCUUAGCCGCCAAGAUGGGACCAGGAUCACAUGCCAGCGGGGGGGACUCGCAAUCGUUGACGGAACCGGCCUUUCUGGAGCGCGUGUUCGCAUCUUUCGGCAGAAAGUGGCAGCACGUGUUGGACCAAUCGACAAUAUACGUGUACGGCCGGUGGAUUGCGUCCGCCGUGCUGCUCACCUCGUACAUUGUCCGCGUCUACUACUUGAAUGCCUUCCACAUCAUCACCUACGGGUUGGGCAUCUACUUGCUCAACCUCUUCAUUGGGUUCCUUUCGCCGCAGAUCGACCCCGAAACGGAGGGCCCUGUGCUUCCGUCGACCAACAGCGAAGAGUUCCGUCCAUUUAGUCGUCGCGUGCCGGAGUUUAAGUUCUGGUAUACAUCCACGAAGGCGACGUUCAUGGCGACGCUGCUGACAUUUUUCGAAGUGUUCAACGUCCCAGUGUUUUGGCCCAUCUUGCUCAUGUACUUCAUCUUGCUGUUCACGCUGACCAUGAAGCGCCAAAUCAAGCACAUGUGGAAGCACAACUACGUGCCGUGGUCCAGUGGCAAGCAAGUGUACAAGGGCAAGGGCGGAAAGGACUCCAAGUAGAGACAGAAUAGCCGCGAUAGGAGGCCGUUGCAUCUCCCUCCCCCCUUCCACCGUUCAAAUGGAGGUCUUAAAUACUUAGCUACAUUGUCCUACUCCCACGUUUCACUGCCAUACCCACUGGUCGUGCCGCGCGACGUCGCGUCCCUUUCUUGAACAGGUGGUGGCGGUGCUGUUAAAUGAACAUGCCCUCCGUCUUCAUAAAUAUCGCCAUACUCGUCGUCACCACGGUCGUCGGACUUGGGGAACACCUGGGACGGAUCCACGUCUCUCUCAUCUUCGUCCCGUCGCUCCAACAAGGUCAGCGCCGACAGCAGUGGUGGCAACGUCGCCACGUCUUCAUUCGAGCUGCGCUGAUGAGGCCGAGAUGACGAGCUACCGCUACACGGUGGUGGCAA